AUGAACAUCAGCAAAACAGCCAUUCAAGGAAUCAUUUGUGGGAUGGAAAUCAAUGAAUAUAUUGAAAACAGAAUGUAUUUCAGAUCGGUUUAUAACCAGAAAUCAUCUGUUGCUGGGGAGUUAAAAAUACAUCGUUUAAGUAGAGUGUCUGGCAGCUGCCAAGGAGGGGAUGAAGUUAUUCUGUUAUGUGACAGAGUGCGGAAAGAAGAUAUACGUGUAAAGUUUUUCGAAGUCGACGAACAUUAUAAUGAAGUAUGGACAGAUCAAGGAACAUUUAACUUGGCAGAUGUACAUUACCAAGUUGCUAUUACUUUUAAAACACCUCCAUACCAAAGUAAUGUAGAAAAAGAUGUAAAAAUUCAGCUAUACAGAAUAACUGACGGUGCAGUCAGUGAGCCGAGAGAUUUCAAGUACCUACCAGAUGAGGAAGAUUUUGCAAGUGUAGCUAAAAAAAGGAAAAAACCCAAUCCUAGUCAUAAUUUCCCUGCUAGUACUCAGAUUUCUGUUGCUGGAAAUAUGAUUGAUAAAAAAUAUGAACAUUUGUCUUCGGAUGGUAAUGCAGAAGCUCCGAGUGCUUUAAGUGCAAACAGUUUGAUUGAACCAGGAAAUGAAGCUAUGCAAGAAAGCUACUCAAUGCGUCAAAGUGGUGAAGACAUUGGUUUACAUUCACAAAAUGAAGAAGAUCUGAAUAAAAAUGUGACUGAACUUUUAGCUGAGUUUCUUCCAAAACUGUCUGAAGAUCUUGUCGAUAAUGAUGUAACUUUUUUUGAUCCAACUUAUUUUGAUGAUUUGAAUAUUGACAAUACAGACAGUAACCUUCAUAUUGAUGGAGCAGUUGCAAAAGUGGCAUCUCUAUCAUUAAAUGAUAAUAGUAGAAAAGUUGUCAACUGGAAACCAGAGAGUACCCAUAAGUGCCUUCGAGAACUUAUAGCUUGUAUCCUUCAAACUGGAGAUGUUAAUUCUUUAUUACUCUCUGUUCAAAAUAUUAUACCUCUGCAAGAUGAUCACGGAAACUCUUUACUCCAUAUAGCAGUCAGUAGCCAGAAUGUUAACUUGAAAAUAAUCCAACAUUUGUUAAAUGUCAUUUCAGAAGAUGUUGUGAAUUUGAAGAAUAAAUGCAAAGAGACAGCACUUCAUUUAGCUGUAAAACUAAACAAGGAAAAAGUAUUAAAACUUCUUCUCCAGAAGGGAGGAGAUCCAAACAUACCUAACCAAGAUGGAAAUAAUUGUUUGCAUAUAGCAGCAAAAAGUGAUUUUGUUUUAUGCAUGAAAGAACUACUGCAUGCAACAAAAUGUUCUUAUUUUCAUGCUCUGAAUGCCCAUAAUUACGAAGGCAAGUAUAUUUAUAUUUUAUAAUGAUAGCUGCUGCUU